GAGUGCUGCGUUGAAGAGUUUUUUGUGUGUGUGUGUUGGGGAAAAGUUUGAGGAUGCGAAGGCGACGGUGCCUCGCUUCGAUAAUCCUCGCCGCGUCGUCGCCGCUGUUGUUCUAAGUCGAGCACACAGUCGCCAACAACUUCGCCACCAUCACCACCACCAUCACCACCACCCCGAGGGUGAGGAGAGAGAGAGGCGAGUGGAGAGAGUUGAGGUGGUGGGGGGGGAGAGACUUGUUGAGUCACUCGCGACUUUAAACGACGACGGAGUGGUGGUGGGGGGUUUGAAGGCCCUCGAAGAAGAAGAGAAGCUCAACUUCGCGAGACUUCUCACCUCCUCAACAUGUUUCCUUUCUCAUGAGAAGUGUAUUUUCCCCCAUUGUUGUAAGUUCACACUCGUAGUUUGUUGUUGUUGUUGGUGAUAGAUGUAGAGUUGCUGCAACGGUGGUUGGGAGCAGUUCGAACAAUCGCUAAAGUUUUUUUUUCUUUCCACUUGUUUUUGUAUUUGCGUUGGGUGCUUUAUCGUUGCUUUAUUUUUGUCAGUUCUUCUACAGUUAACUACACGCUUAUUUUUAUAUUUUCGUCAUUAGCUUUGAUUUUUUUAGUCAUCGUACCUAUGUCACCCGUCAGCUGUUAAAGUGUCAAUAAUAGUAACUAAGUGUAUACGGCUGGCACACAUCGACACAUUUUUUGCUACAAUAACUGCAUUAAGACUCGACAGUAGUGGUAAUUAACACAAUUACCGAUAUUAUUAACGCUAAAAACACAACUCACAACCUACCACUAUAACCACUACCAAUAACACUGCUAACACAGCAGAACGAGUUAUUACACUAUAAUUACUACUAAUAACGCAAAGAUUACCAGUGAUAAUUACGAUAGCACACUACAAUUAACUCCGACUAAGUUUUAUAUCACUAACACUUCACCACGAUCACACCGAUUAUAAUUACCACUAACAGUGACAGACCUUUCAUCAUAAUAAAGUCACGAGUGCCAAAUCUCUAAUAGUGCCAAAUAUAAGUGUUAUCAGACUUAUAAAAGUUUAAAAAAUCUAUAGUAAUUAAAGAUAUUGGUACUUUGCUUUCAAAUACAAGUGAUCUACGUUCGAGCUCCUAACAGUGCCAUCGAAUUAGUGCCAAUCUGUCAAACCCAAGUGAUAUCAAUCAUCUAAAUCAUAACACCUGUGUCAAAACUUAAACAAGUGCCAUUAGUGCAAAAUCCAACCAACAUCAUCAAACCUUAACGAACCAUCACAACCAGACACCGACUCGAUCAUAACAUCGCCAACAAGCAAGCACAAUGGACGAAGACAACAACAACCAUCACCACCAUCCCGACCACCACCUCCAACGCCAUCAGCAACAACAACAUCACCAACAACAACAACAUCAACUUCAACAUGACCACCAACAACAACAACAACAGCAGCAUGUGGUGACCUCCCGUGCCGACUCAGCCACGGACCUGGAGGCCCUCUUUAACGCCGUGAUGAACCCUGGCGCCGCCAACAUGCCGCAGUCGGUGCCCAUGCGCAAGCGAAAGCUGCCCGAGUCGUUCUUCAGGCCGCCCGAGGCCCGCGCCGCAGGCUGCCCGCACGCGCGCCAGGCGAGCUCGGACGCGGUCCUCUCGGGCGGCGCCGCCUACGCCGGGCUCGGCGCGGCCGAGGCCUGCGGCGCAGGCUUCCCGCAGGCGCGUCAGGCAAGCCCGCUGUUGAGGCCCGCGAGAGGUGCCGUCCAUGCGCAGCAUUCGCGCUCGCACUCCUCGCCCGCACUCCUCGAGCCAAUGUCGACCCAGCAGCAGCAGCAGGCGCAGCAGCAGCAACAGGCCCAGCAGCAGCAGCAGGCCCAGCAACAGCAAGCCCAACAGCAACAGGCGCAGGCGACAGGUUUCCCACACCCCCUGUCCCCGCAGCAGCAGCAGCAGGUGGUGGUGGCCGCGCAGGCGGCGAUGGUGCAGCACAGCCGGCAGGGAUCGUACGAGCUGUUGGACCAGAGCGAUGCCCCCUUCCCACCCGGCUGGGAGGUGGCGUUCACGGCCGCUGGGCAGCGCUACUUCAUCAACCACAACAACCAGACGACAACGUGGCACGACCCGCGCGGGAUACUGGCGGCGGAGAGCGGCACCGCCAACCCUGGAGUGAGCCUCGUCACAGCGAGCCGCACCAGCGCACAGGGGCCACAGCAACUCGGACCCCUGCCCGAUGGCUGGGAGCAGGCUGUGACUCCGGAUGGAGAGGUUUACUUCAUCGACCACAAGAACAAGACAACGUCCUGGCUCGACCCUCGCUUGGAGCCAGCCUACAAAUCUCCUCAGCAGCGGCUGACGCCCACCCCAGCUUUCCCCACACACGGCCACGCCCCGAUGUCCCCGGCGGCCAAUCAGGCGGCUUCUAGCCGCGGGCUUCCGACCUAUCAGGCGACGGGAGGGCUGGGUGCGGCACAGAAGCUGCGCCUGCCUAAGGAGAAGAUGAGGGUGAGACACGACAUGAGACAGGAGCUGGCCAUGCGGGGGCAGAUGCCCAUGGAUGUGGAGAUGCUCAACGGAGUGCACACCCCCUCCCCGGGGAAUGGCGCAGUCCAGGACAUGAGGGCCAUCAACACGUCUGGCUCAGACCCAUUCCUCAACAGCGGGGCGUUCCACUCCAGGGAGGCGAGCACGGACAGCGGCCUCAGCGUGGGCAACUACAGCCUCUCGCGCACGCCGGAGGAGAUGCACGGCAAUGGCGCCACCGACGACAUCGAUGCUUGCGACAGCUUGCCCCACGCAGCACACGGUGCUGUCCCCUUCGCCGCCGGUCAUAGCGGCGGCGGCAGCACCGGCAUGAAGGCAGCGGCGCAGAAACCAUCUCCAUUUCCACAGUCUCCGUUGCGCGCUCACCAACACCAGCAGCCGCACCAGCCCCAACAGCAGCAGCAACAGCAGCCGUUCUUUGAGUUUCUGGAUACGCUGCCGGCCACCCACGUCGAUUACGGCAUGAUGGACACGCUCGGAGCAGGAGCAGGAGUGGCACCGGUGACGGCUGGGUCCGGCGUCGGUGCCGGAUUCUCCGGGGGCGAGGAGGAGGGCGGCGACGUCAGCAUGGACACGGAUGACCUGGUCCCCAGCCUACAGGAGCCCAUCUCUGCCGACCUCCUCAGCGACGUCGAGUCUGUGCUGGGCCCAGCCAGGCUGGACAAGGAGAACUUUCUCACAUGGCUGUGAGACCGAAGGAGGAUGGGAGAGAGAGAGGAGAGGAAUGUGUGUGAAGGUGUGAAAGCACGAGUGUGAGCACGGUUGUGUGUGUAUCCAUGUGAUGGUGAUGGUAGGAUGUGAGUGAAGCAUGGUGGUGGGAGUGGUGGUGAUUCGAUGUGUGUGUUUGAGCUCCGGCAGGUGAGACUGUGGUGGCUGGGUCAUUUAGCCCGCAAGCCCAGCUACCGAAUGCCCAAGCAGCUUCUGUUUGGCUGGAUAGACGGGGCUGAACGAGCAUGACAUGUGCUGGAGAAGAGAUGGACUGAUGUGGUACGGGAGGAUGUCGAGCUGAGUGUACUUGCCGAAGACUGGUACCAGCGGUGUCAAGAUCGGCCUCCAUGGAGGAGGAUCGUGAAGGACGCUACUGGGCAGUUGGAGGCAGUCGCCCUCCAACAACAACUGAGGGCAGAGGUGUGAUGCUCACAACAUUGAGCGGCGCGCCGGGAAGAUAAAAUGCAGCAAGUUGGCAUAGUAGGGGGUACUGCUGGUGCAUCUGCCAGACAUAUACAUAACCGUAUAAGAUGCUGAAGGAUUCCGAAUCCAGAUGUAAGAGAGGUCCAUCAUCCUUGGAGACAGAUUGCAUGAUGGUAAUAGGGUCUUGAGUUUGUGUUUGACGGUGGUCAUAGGAUGUAAGUGAGUGUGGUGGUUAUUAGACGUGAGUGAGUGUGUUUGACAGUGGUCGUCACCCAUGGCACUUGGGUCCCGUGACCUGCCAGAAGGCGUUUGACACUUCACGUGGUCUUAAGGUGCACAUAGCCUGGCACAAGCGCCUUGGUGACGUCACCGCUACUUAAUGGCGAACGGCGGUUGUUGUCAUAGGAUGUGAGCGAGUGUUUGUGGUGGUGAUUGGAUGAGUGUGUGAAACAAUGGUGAUAAGAUGCAAGUUAGGGCAUGUAACAGGAGUGAGUGGUGACGGUGGUUAUCACACUCCGCUCAGAACCCGGUAAACUUGGGAUAAAUUCCCUGCCAUGGCUAUUAUCAGUUACAAAUAAUAUCUGAACCAGUCUGUAGUCCUCUCUUCGGUCUGGUCCAGAUUUUAUUGAAUAUCUGUUGUGCAGUGCGUGAAAUUCGGCACUGGAGAAGCAACGGUGGCCGAAUGUGGUACUGACCGCAAUCACCCUUAAGUGCACUGUGUCGGCCUUUAUGGGUGCUCGCAAACAGCGCUUGCCCCAGCAGUUUGUGAGGUAUGCAGGGGAUCUUUAGUGGUGGCUGUAGGAUGUGAGUGUGUGCCUUCAAAUUCUGGCCUUAUUACACAAGAACACCAGCGGUAUCGCCAUCACCAAGUUUCUGAUCCCGUUUUGGGGUUUCUCCUAGGUCUGCUCAGCCUUAAGAUGGCUGGGCAUGAGUGAUGCUUACGAUGCCACCCAUGCUUGUGCCUUCCUCGGGCUUAAUAGGUGCUCGCUAAGAGCACUUGCCUCUGAAGCUUCUAGGUCUGAAACAGGCGAUCCUUGUGCCUUUUGUGUGUGUAUUCAAAAUACGUAGCAACGGUUGUGUUGAAUGAUGGAGGUUUGUUAUGUGUGCAUUCCUCUUUUUUUAAACGUGCACUGUGAUGAGUGUCUGUGCAUCAUGUGACCACUACCGUCACAGUCACAACCAUUAUCGUCAUCGUCUUCACCGCCACCACUGUUGUCGUCACCACCGUCAUCGCCAUCACCACCGUCGUCAUCGUCAUGAUCACAGUCGCGUUUAACGCCAGUCUGCCUCGCCCGUCUCAGAAAAAAUGUAAAUAGCAAAGAAGGAAGAAAAAAAACGCUAAACUGCAAAGCAUUUCAGAUAAAUUAGAACAAGCAAUACACGACGAACAGAACCUCAAGUGUCGAUUGCGUUUGUAGGUUUUAGCGAGAACAAAUGGAGCCACGUGAAAAAUGAGCACGCUGCCGAAACCGAGGAAUUCGUUAACCCUCUGCUUCGAACAAAUGUUAACUUUUUAAUAGUCAUCGCAGCAGAACAAAUGGCUGCGUUGUUGGCCAUGGCUGCUUUCGCAACCGCAUCUCCCAACGGUGUUCGCACAUGGCCUGGAUAACGCCAGAACUGAAAAGUGAUGAAAAUUGGAAGGGACUUGGCUUGAUAUUGGAGAGUAGGGGACAAAGAGUUGGGACUGGUUCAUUGGAAACAAGCUCUAAGCCUUACGAUAAUGCAUCACCAAGCCGUCUUCCAGCUUUAACUCCAUCCUUAAGCUUAGCCAUACUGGCCAGUCAGACAUUACCCUCCUAACCCUAAUCAAUUACUCAAGCACUUCCCCUGUCCGAACCACACUCGCCAAUCAUACUCUGGUUCUAUCCCUACCCUAACCUUGCUAACCAAUCAUACCCUGACACUAACCCUAACCACAAGCCAAUUAAACCCUCGCCGACCUCUAACCACAACUAGCUAAUUAAACCCGAACAUGGGCCCUGACCCCUUUACCCAAGCUCCAACUGUGCCGUUUCACCUCUCAUCCCGAUUAUUUUUCGUUCGCUUUUCACGUUUGGUGUUUCAAUGCGCUCCGAUUAUACAAUUUUUUUUACGUGCACGUAUCUGCCAAGCAAUGAUCAACUUUUAAGUUCUGUUUUUUAAAUCGAAGUUUUUAACAAAAAAGUAGACCUUUUUACACUGCUACCACAUGCUACUCGCCGUCACCUCAAGCCAACCGUGCCUCGCUUCCUCAACACUUUUGUACUUUUCGUUUUCUCUCAUUGUGAUGACGGAGGUUGCCGAGACAGGUCAGCGGAUGCUUCCGUGGUGGAUUCGGAGGCGAGUUCUUUGCGUUGCAUCGCCAGGUUUAUCGAUUACUAGCCAGGCCAAUAAGUUCAAAUCCGAGUCUCCGUCAUUAUUAUAUCCCUCCUUAGGUCAAUGAUAUAAGUAGACCCCUUUGGAUGAAGUCAACAGUGAGACCAUCCUGUGCUUGGUUUCUCGCUGAAUAUGUGCGGGGUCACUGCUUUACUGAAGUAGGCCUAGAGAUAAGGGUGGGGGGGGGAGCACCUGGCUUAAAUUAGGAAGUCAAAAAAAAAAUGUGGUGACUGGCGCAAUGUCAGAACACCUGGACGCGUAGAUAACUAUUUGAGGUUCGCACACAUGCUUCGUUUUGUCUCGUAUGGCAUUUGCCUAUAAGCCACAGCCCUCGCAAGAGGUCUACUGGAUGUGGUUUGCCAGCUGUAGAAAUGUUUUCUGGGCCAUUCACCCGUACAGGCCUGGCUGAAAUGAAGCUCUGAGAAUACCUAUGGGGAUGGCCCUUGUUUCCCCCUGCUAUGGGAAUGUGGAAUUUCCUCCUCUGCCUUGUAGUUGACUAACGGAGAUGAGCGUCAUUGAGCACUCAUUAAGAUCGGAGGAGAUGCUGUGGCUGUGGAGGAGAGCGAUGGGCUCCAUUGCCUUGUAGCCACAUCGCCAACUUCCGUUUUUUUUUACGACGUACUUCUACUUUAUUUUUUAUCAUAGUCAUAAUCACGUUUUAAACCGCAUCGAUUUUAAAUGGAACGCAAAUUUUAAAUAAUAUAACACUUUAAGUAAAACUGAAUUUUGCAACAAAUACGAAUGCAAUAUUUUCCAUUGGGGAAAAUGACGGUUUUAGUUUACCCUGACAAAAUACGUUUCUCGGGAGGGGGGCUCUUUUCUGUGGCUUGGCCGAAACGUCUGACUUGUGCUCACGCACACACGGCUCCUCGACGUUGUUUUCGUAUUUUGUUUUAAUCCUUUCCGCAGCCAACGCCUCCCGUAGAAAGCGAGCGGUCUGGACGGUGCGACUUUUAACGGGGGAGGUAUCGUUAUUAAUCGCUCGCGUUUUAAUUUUUUUGUUGUUUUUGCUGUCGUCGGAAGAAACAAGAAAAGGUUUUUAAUUCCCGAGACGUCGCCGUACCUUUAUACACCGUUGUCGUUUUUAACUUUCUUCGAAUUGUAUUCCUUUUUGUUUGUCACGGUGUUGCUCGUAAACGUAUUAUUACUGAAACGCUCCUCGGAAUUUUUAAGAAGCUCGAAAAUCAAGUUUCUGCAGUGGGGGUGGUGCCUUUGAUGACCCUACGUUACGCUAAAAAAUUGGGGUCCGUUAAUAACACUAUAUUCAUUACAUUACAAACAUAAAAACACUACAUUCUUAGCUGACCGAUGUUACGUGAAUAUUGAAACACUAAAUCCUCUGCAACCUUUAUAUGAUGUCGAUUGCAGGGAACUUUGUUGUGCCAAUUUCCAACAUAACCGUUAUUAUUAUGAGCUGUGUUUACAGCCUUUCAAUGGAUGGGAACUGGUUUGAUGCGGUGAAUUUUUAAAAACCACAACAGAGCGUCUGCUGGAUUUGCAUCGGCCGCAGUCCUUCCACGUGCAAUGCCAAUGAUGGCUUUCUUGGCAUCCGAUGGUUCGACUUUGUUAGAAAUGUCACCGUCGCAUCUACGGCCGGGGGUCUACUCUGUUUUGAGAGCUUAGUUCGGAGGAGACGACUGUCACCCGCUGGACACGUUGCCGCGUCUUGAUGUGCAAACUCCAGUGAAUUGCGCUCACUUGAGUCGGCGGUUGACAUUCGAAGGUUGGCGUUGUUCCCGUGAUAACGUGGAUCAAACAAAUAAGUUGAUUAGCACGGUUGGCUACUUAGGGUGCGAACGAAAUUCUACAUGGCAGUAAAAAUCAGUUUUUUCAAAUGCUGUCGCCAGUAGUUACGUUUGGCGCACCGGUCCUUUGCAGACUGUGUGAUUGAUCUCCUUAUAGCCUUAACUCGCAUAGAGAUCUCUUAAUUCAAGGGCCCAUUCACUGCCAUUGAGAUAUUUAAGUCCAUUCACUCUAUAGCAAUCUGGUAAAUCAAGUGACUUCCGCUCAGAAUCAAUUGCAAUAAUUUUACUUAUCCAGCAAAGCCUGAGUCUUGGGCCUCUUUUUUUCAGGAAAGGGCUCUGCGUUUGGGACGCUUAGUCGCUUGUGAAGUGUUUGUGCGAGGGAGAAAACCUACACUUUAGAGGAGAGAAGACUUUACAGAUAAUUAUGCAAACUAACCAGAGCAGACAUCUUGAUUAUCCCCUGUAAAGAAUCGUGGUCGCUUUAACAAACGGAUCUCUAUGAACCGUGACAAACGUAUUCACGGUACGUAAACAUUGUAUCCGAUUUUGCUAAUUUUCACCUCCGGUGCCAUAUAGUUUGCUGUAGAAAUAUUCUCAAUAUUCCGCGCGUUUGCCAAUUUCUUCCCAAAAAUCUUAGAAAUUUCACAUUCCAUUUCUCGCAAUAGCGAGUCGGCAGGGGCGAUGGUAAAAUGUCACGAGGUGUGUAAAAUCCCAACUUGGAGAUGGCAAGUCGGCCCGUUAUCGUCCAUCCAAGGUGAAUAUAAAAUUAGUGUUGCCACGUGUGGGGAGGUCUACGGGGGGUGGGGGGUGGGCUAGGGAGGGUCGCCAUACAUUUUGGCGUGCUCCCUUGCCAUGCGAAUGUGGAAUUUCCACCAUAGGCUGUCGACACGCACAUAGGUGUUGCCCAACGCUCGUUAUAGAUUGGGGGGAGCGGGGGAGUGAGCCGCUUUUUAAACAUUUGACCGCUAACGCCACUUAGAGCAAAUGGGAAAUUAACGUAAUCGAUUUUUUUAAGGAAACCCAACCAGUAAAAAUCAGUGUUCACAACGUUGUUCUUUUUUUCCCCUUAUCGUAAUAUUUUUUUAACGCGGUAGUUUAGAUGUAGCGUAUAUUAUGAAAUCACAUACAUUAUAUUUUUUAAACGAUUAUAGCCGAAGGUUCGUUACAAGUCUCGUCGUUGGUUUUGUAUUUUGUAAGGUUUUGUUGGAUGGAGCAAAGAGAAUGUGUGUGGGUCGCGCUGUGCUGUCACGUGUACCGAAGCACGCAGUGCAUUGUGUGUGGGGGUGGUGGGGGUUGGCGUCUCAUCCAGUCGUCUUUCGCCUGGUGGACGAGCCGUGAUUGUGUACAAUUUUAACGAAUAAAGAGAGGCUUGGAAAAGUAAAACGUACGACA